CGUCGCUGUCAAACCCCACAAGCAAGCGACACCUCAUCUUCGUGGCGGAGCGCUGGAUUCCUUCAGCUUCUCGCUAUUAAGCCGCCGCGUUGGCUCCGAAAUCAACUGCGCACGGCGCAAACCAGCUCUAAUCAGAAACAACCCGCACAUAAAUAGACCAGCGCCGUACUGUCAGCACUCGAUGCAUAUUUUCAAUGGACCCGACCUGUCAAACUCGCAUACUUGUGUAGAGGGCUGGCCAAUUGCCAAUCACUAAGUUCCAGCAUUACCUUAGCUGCUAGCUUGCAGAAGCAAGCAGGCUGCCCGCCACGUGCAGAACCCAUUAAAAAGGCGCCAUAGCAGCAAAAAACAGGCCAUACUGACAGACAUAUCUACGACGCAGAAGCUCCAUAAGCUGCGGCAGCUGAUCGGCAGUUGGCCCUGGCCUGAACAAUGCCAGAGGGCCUUCUGUUCUGUUGCUACUUGGCCCAGUGCACAACGCCACAAAACGCAGACAACCCACACCCACCAUCUCCAGAAGCCCACCAAGCACCAGCUCUUUGACGCGAAUCAGAACAAGCGAUCAACCAGCUUUUCUAGCGUCAUAAGGUACAGGAUUCUAUGAUUUCGGUGUCUUGAGGUGACAGGCUCGCCAUUAGAAUGCCUCAUCUGCCAAACCCGGGCCAUGACUAGGGCACCGUUGCAACCGGCGCAGACAAACUUCCCACACGGCGCUUGGGGGCUAGGGGUCGAUCGAAGAGGCGGCGGCUGGCUUUCCCAAAAGCGCGCUAUUCCAGUGGCUCCAUCGCUAGCAGCCAGGGCUCCUCUGCUCUGCGUAGCCGCCUUUCUCAUGCGGUAUAGGUCCACCGCUGAGGGUGUUGUGCGCUGCUCCAAUCAUCGUCGCAUCGCCCACGGUUCCCACACCUCUACUCAUGCACGCCGUCUUCUCUCGUCACACGCGUUUCCUGACCAGGAAAAGCGUCCUUUAGCACGACCCUAGGCCCUGUGGGUUUUACUGGCUGCCCCGUUUUCUAGCGGGCGGACCAGACUGUCGGGUGCAGUGUCUCUCCCCUCUCCUCACUCACUCGUCGGCAAGUCAGGCCCUUGUUCGGCUUGCACUACAAAAGAGCCAAAUGGACAGGGAUGUUCGGCCUCGCUCGCUGCUCUCAAAGCGUUUUGGUAGAUCCCUACGCCGAGUGUGUUGGCUUUGACAAAUGGUGGUGUGCUAGGAAGCCUAGUGUCAGUGAGUGUUGUUGGUUGGGUCGCUCGGUGGGUGCUCUCGUUGGGUCUGUUGGCUCGCAAGGCGUCGGCGAUAUUAUCAGCCCCCGGGCAUGCAUGCAUUGCAGAGAGUUGCAUCGCUUCGACAAGUCUCGUCUAUGGCCCACAGCCCUCCGCUCGACGGAUAACAAGCGCGCCGCACGCAAAAUGGCCGAGCUAUUGUUCCCGUGAGGCGGACACUCAGCUCUUUAGAGUAUAUAGGCGCCUCCCCCAGCCCCCAAGCGCGAUGCAUGCUGUUGGUUCCUCGGCAAGCUCGUCGUCAAUAUUUUCAUUCCGUGGCCAAGAUGGCGAACGACUGCGGUUCUACAUGUCCUGUUGACAACGGCUUCCUGUCUUAUAAGCCAAACCUCCCUGCCAAUGUCGUCCUCCUCGUCCUCUUCACCAUCCUUAUACCCGGCGUUGCGUUUCUUGGCUACCGCCACCAGACUCUGGCCUUCUCUGCUACCUUGUUGUUGGCCCUGGUGUUAAACUCCAUUUGCUUCGUCGGCAGGAUCUUGCUUCAUGUUUCAGCGAGGGAUGAGAGAUACUUUUUCAUCUUCUUCUUUGGAAGUAUCCUGGGGCCAACCGUGGCCGCAAGUGCCAUUUUCUUUGUUCUGCCCCAUGUCUUGACAGUCUACGGGGAACACUUUUCCCCUUGCCGACCUACCACUGUUAGUUUCAUACUUCAUGGUGUACUGGGAGCUGCAGCAUUAGUCGAGAUUGCCGGCGCUGUCUUCUUUACUUAUUCCUACGCAAACGUUGAUAGAUCACAGAGCGUUCGCAUUAUAGCUGCUGGGCUUGCUCUCCAGAUUAUAGCUCUAGUUGGGUCGGCUAUUCUCUACGGACUCUUUACUCGAAACCUCCAGUCCAAUCGUUCGUCAUUGGACUUGAAACACUUCACAACCUACGGUAACAAGUCGUUUACCAGAUUCAGACACAGCCUGGAAGCAUCUGCCCUUCUGCUAUUUAUAUAUUCGGUUUAUCGUGUUGCUGAGAUGGCAGACGGUAUCCGUGGAACCCUCUUCCAAAGCGAAACUGCGUUUAUGGUUGCCGACGGUGCUUUGCCAUUGCUAUCAUGCAUCCUGUUGGCAUUCUUUCCCCCAGGAGUAGUGUUUGGCUCAGCAUGGAACGCAACAUCUCUGCGUCGAGGCAAGCGUAGGGCGCCGCCUCCACCACUGCGACAUGCGCAGGGCUACGAUGCCCACCAUCGAUACGAUCCUGAUAUACGCAAACAAUUUUCGCUCGAUUCGCAGAAGAGCCCAAAGAGCGCUCGUAGUAACCCACCCGAGGUACCCGAAGGAUCUCCUGGGCUCCCUGCCAGCCCAAGACCUGCGCACAAGCUUCACAGCCCUACCAUGAUACCUUCACCAAGAUCAGUCAUGACUGGCAGCACGCAGCGCAACAGCAAUCCCAUAGAGAACAGAAGACAGAGCGCUUUCGACAUGGUCGACAGUGAUGCUAUCUGGUAGUUUAAUGGUAGCUAAUGAAUUAUGAAUCACAUUAAUCUACA